CCGGAAGUGGCGGUCGCUGCGGCUGCUUGGGCCGCUGCGAUGCAGAGGGAGGAGAAGCAGCUUGAAGCAUCAUUAGAUGCACUGCUCAAUCAAGUGGCUGAUCUGAAGAACUCACUAGGGAGUUUCAUUUACAAGUUGGAGAACGAGUAUGACCGGCUGACUUGGCCCUCUGUUCUGGACAGCUUUGCCUUGCUGUCUGGACAGUUGAAUACUCUGAACAAGGUCUUGAAGCAUGAGAAGACACCUCUGUUCCGUAAUCAGGUCAUCAUACCUCUGGUAUUGUCUCCAGACCGGGAUGAAGAUCUCAUGCGUCAGACUGAAGGACGGGUACCUGUUUUCAGCCAUGAGGUGGUCCCUGACCAUCUGAGAACCAAGCCUGAUCCAGAAGUUGAAGAGCAAGAGAAGCAACUGACAACAGAUGCUGCCAGAAUUGGUGCUGAUGUAGCUCAGAAGCAAAUCCAGAGCUUGAAUAAAAUGUGCUCAAACCUUCUGGAAAAAAUCAGUAAAGAGGAGCGAGAAUCAGAGAGUGGAGGUCUUCGGCCAAACAAACAGACCUUCAACCCUGCAGACACCAAUGCCUUGGUAGCAGCUGUUGCCUUUGGGAAGGGGCUGUCUAAUUGGAGACCUUCAGGCAGCAGUGGUCCUGGCCAGCCAGGCCAGCCAGGAACUGGAACAAUCCUUGCAGGGGCUUCAGGACUGCAGCAAGUACAGAUGGCAGGUGCUCCAAGCCAGCAGCAGCCAAUGCUUAGUGGGGUGCAAAUGGCCCAAGCAAGUCAGCCAGGGAAAAUGCCAAGUGGAAUAAAAACCAACAUCAAGUCAGCUUCAAUGCAUCCUUACCAACGGUAGCAUGGACAGCAGCCUCCACUCCCAGGUGAUCUGUGGUGGGCAGUGAAAUUACAUUUUUCCUGUAGACCCCAUAAAAAGAAUACGGGCUCUCAGCAACACAUCCCAGCUUCACUGGUGAAUAGCUAUGUGACAACGAACAAAUAAUGCAAUUUUUCUGGGCCUGUUUUCUCAUUUGUAAAUGAUGGUAAUACCUACCUCAUAGGGUUGUUGUGAGGAUUAAAAUGAGAAAAAAGAUUGUAAAAAAAAACCCCAACAACUUAGCACAGUAUGUGAAAAUAAUAAGUUCUCAAUAAAUGAUAGUUUUUACAGCUA